AUGAAAUACUUGCGCGAACACGAUAAAGAAUGCGACUGGCUGUAUCAAGACUUCCUGUGCAAAGAACCUGGUUCUUGUGUUAUUGCGAGUCCUGGCUAUCCAGGACUUUAUCCUCCAAACAAACUCUGCAAAUAUCAUAUCACCACCAGUUCCAUCCAGACAUUAGUGCACAUCACGUUUACAGCCUUACUCCUGCCAUACAACCAUUGUAGCACUGAUUAUGUUGCCAUAUAUCAAGGAUCUACUCCGUCGAGUCCACUUUUGAGCACUGUGUGCGCCAAUCGCAAAGCGCGUUUCACAUAUUCUGGGCCUAAACUGCUCAUGGAGUUCAGCUCAGGAAACCUAGUCCCACCGUACGACUACAACGGAUUUUUAGCAACGUUAGAGUUCACUGAGAAAAUCACGACGCCCGAACCGCCUCCUGACCUGAGCGCGCGACAUACGGAGCCAAGUGUAAUGAAACAAGUCGACGGCACACUGCGGCCUGACACUUUGUGUGAUGUGGAUUACUAUGGGUUAAGCAGCCCACGUGAUGGGCACCUGACUAACCCAGGAAGCCAGCAAUUGUUUUGGAAUUUUGAAGGCCCCUUGCGGUGUUCUCAGAGGUUCAUUCCUGCAGCGAAUCAAAGUGUUACUUUGACGGUGACGUCCCUUGCACGACUAUCUGCGAACCCGAAUUGUCACACAUUAUGCGGAGACAGUGGCUGUCGCUGUGUCACCAAAGUUAUACCAUUGACACAGAUGGAUCAUCUCGCUAUCAUCACCGACCAAGGCCACGUUGUCUCCUGCCUCUGCGGAGAUUUUCAGCAACAAUGGCUACCUGUAAGUUUGCGUAGUUGGUCGCCAAUGAGACUAGUGUACUCAGUAGCGCAUUACAAUUGGAACAUGCAAGGAUUCUCAUUCACUGCUGAGUAUUCGUUUAUUACUGACGCUGUCUGUGGAUACUCCCGUAUAAUGGAAGACUCGGGAGAGAUCCACUCAAGAAACAUAUCUGCACCAGGAGUUAAGUUAAACCACUACUACCAUCAGGAUUGUAUUUGGCUCUUGGACUCAAAAUCUGAGCGUCAGCUCACAGUAGAAUUGGCCACAGAACAGAGCAGACCCUGUACAGCUUGGAAUCUGACAGCUUACAAAUAUGAUCCAAGUUCCACCGAUAGUUUCGGCGAAAUAGUGCACACUUUCUGCCCACGAGAUAGACGAAAAGAAAUAGCUCUACCAUGGAAAUUGGACACCAUAUUACUGAGGUUACGCGCCACAACGAGCACCGCUCCAGAAUACGUCAUUCGAUGGAGAUCUGAGACAGUACGCGCCAACACCAGAAUCGCUGGCCCAACCAUCGCUCCAUCCACCGCUUCAGAAAUUUGGGUGAUUUCGUGGUACGCCCUGCUUCUCAUGCCACUUUGGUCCCGCACAUAAAUGAAUUCGCAGAAAGACCUAUAACCAUGUGCCUUCAGUGACGUACUGCAAACAAACAUUGACAGUUAGUGUUUUGUAAAUGAAGACUUUUUUAUCUGAAGAGACACCGUGAUUAAAGUGCUGUUAUUCGACGAAUUAAAAUAUCUAAAGAGCGUUUGUGUAGAAAACAUUACAGAAAAUUGCCAUCGUAAUGAAAAAACGAAUUAUAUAGUGUUCAAGAGAGACUGUUGGAUUUAUAAUGCGAAUUUAAGUUGUUAUCUAAUUUGUAAAUCUCAGGAGACACACACAAGUGAAAUAAAAACUAUUGUUGAAAGUGGAAUGAAAGUGUUUUUAAAAGUCAAUACACAUGGUGUUUAAUGUUUACGUAUGUAAAGAGCUGCGAGUUAUCGUCGAAAGAAGACAAAAGGAAAAAAAUCGGAUGUUGGUGUUUGUUUCGAAUUUGCAAAUGUCUUCAAUGUACCUUGCAUUUGCAAGAAGGUUUCAAAGUAAUAAAAUCUAGGAAGAUGUUAUGCCUUUCCAUAAAGAUCAGUACGUGAAUUUAUAAACCAGUGUGGCAUAAGAUCAAAUGUCGGAAUUUAACAAAAAAAAUGAAAAUGUUUGAAUAUGAGUAACGUUUAUACAUUAUAAUUUAAAAAUAAUUCUCAUGUUGAUCGAAAUGGACCUUGAAGGAGUAUGGUACAUAACAACCCAAACAUGUUUACAAUUGGUUUUUAGUUAUUUACAUUUAAUGACAUUUUUUAUUCAGAAUAUGUUUUUGUUUUUUUUUCUUUAAAGCCGAAAAUAAAUAUUUUAAGAACGUUCAUAGAGAUAUGUCUUAAAUUCUUUAAUUUAAAACGUCUUCGAUAUCGGAAAAAAUUUUAUCUUCAGUAUUGUUUUAAAACAUGUAAAUAAAAAAAUCGUUGUAUCAGAC